AUGGGACUGGACUGGACGCAGAUUUGCUUCGCAGCAUGCCUCAUGGUGAAUAUGGUGGACGUCAUGGGAACGCUCUUCACAGCCCCAGUGCUGGUGCCAUAUGGACAGCAGCUGGGGGCCACCACCGGAGAGAUUGCCAGCUUCUCUACGGUCCGCUUCGGUUUGGCCAUCAUCUCCCUUCUGUGGAUGCCACGUUUGGCCGACGCCAAAGGCACUAAGGUCACGCUAUUGGUCUCGGUGUUGGGUGGUGUCGUUGCCUAUGGCAUUCAAGGCAACAGCCACUACCUGAGUGGCUGCGAACGAGAGAGCUACACGCUGAACAUGGGAGACACACUGCAGCUGUGGGAGGGCCAUGACUGCUCGCUGAUCAAUGGCACCGUCACCAUUCCCAGCGACUCCUCUAUGGCGCAAGCGGUCGGAACAGGAGGCAUUGUGGAGUGCACCACGCAAUGCAACAACAAGAACGGGGUCUACUUCUUCCUGGUCGGCAGGGCUUUGGCAGGUUUCUUUGGAGGAACGCAACCCAUCCUGCGUUCCUACAUCUCUCAGAUUUCGCUCCCGAACAUGGCGGUGUUGAAGGUGCGCAUGACUUUCCUUUUCGCGUCGUAUCAAGCGGGAGCGUUUGCGCUGUCGCCCAUCGCUGGAGUCAUCAGUCAAUUUGGACUCUUCUGGCCAUGGUACGUCUCGGCGGGCUGCGGCGUCUUGAUCUUCGUCUUUGUGGCAGCUUUCUUCAUGAAUGUCGAGGAGAUCAAGAAGCGCUUGCACUCACCUGUGCCCUCAACAGAGGGAGGUGAGAAAGGCGAAACAACGAGCGAGUCGGCAGCGGAGUCCGAAGGUGAGAAGAAGGUGCAAGAAAGCACGGCUUAUGAGGGGCCUCCCCCAACGAAGGACAAAAUUCUCUGGUUUCUGCUAUUUGGCUAUUUCUGCAUUUUCCUUACUGUCUCUGCGCUGAUGCUGCUCUUGCCUUUGCUAUUGGAGUAUGCCUUUGGGCAGCAAAAGUUUCUGAAGAAAGGUGGUCAGACCAAACAAGGGAACCCAUCGCUUUGUCCAAAGAACAUCAUGAUGUUCAUUCAGGAUAUUCAGGAGAGCUACGGACUGCUGGAUCCCAAUGAUGUGGAGAGAUCGCGGGAACGCUUGGCCAGCGCAACCUCGAUGGUGAUGAUUCCGAACGGAGUCAGCAACUUGGUCUUCUCCACUGUGGGAUUCUUGAUUGUCUCCAACGUCAUCGGCGACGUGAAAACGAUGCGAUUGGGUGCGUUCAUUGCCUCAGUGAUGUUGUGUCUCUAUGGCUUUGUCGCCACUGAGGUGUGGCAUCUUUUGAUCCUCCACGGCUCCAUGGGCAUCGGCUUGGGCCUCUUCGUGCCUGCGCUGGGGCCCACCCUGCAGCGCUACUCCACCUUGGCACAUCCCAAGAAGGCCGCCCAAGCCAGUGCCCUUCCACUCUUCGGGAUGCAACUUGGACAGGUGGUUGGCCAGCCAAUCUUUGGCGCCAUUGUGGGUGAUAGUCAGGACCGCAAUCGAAUGAACAUUGCAUGGCUCGUUGCAGGGAUUUGCUUUGCACUUGGAGCCGUCACCAUGGACCUUUCCAUGGUCCUCAUCCAUAGGCAUCCGGUGAUGAAGCGAUUGAAAUAUUCACCCGAGCAGGUCCAGAUCAUGAUCGAAACUGGCGCCAAAGAGCAGGAUGUCUUUGUUGAGGACAUGUGCAAAAAGUUGCGAGGCAUGCUCACCGAGGGCCAUCCCGAUUUCCGUGGAGCACGGCUUUGGAGCGGAGUGGCCCAGCGCUUCAUCGAACGUGUCAUUGAUAGGUCGAUCCCGAAGUUGCGUGAAGGGCCGGAGGAGCAUUUGGAGGACGUGGCUUUGUGGCUCUCCAAGGUCGGCGAUGAGAAGGAGAUGGAAUGGUUCCGCCAGAGGUUUCCACAUGUCAGGAAUCGACCAGCACUUUUCCAAGCACUCCUGCUCCCAAAGACUACGCCUGAGCAUCAGACCCAGUGGAUCCCAGCAGCUCAGAAGCGUCAGCGCGCGGCCGCCUCGGCAGGAAACGAGAGUGGUCUCAGCAGUUCUUUGGCCUUCACACCUGUGCAGGGUAUCGAGCUGGUACGCCUUUCCUCGCGCUUUGCGCCACCGGCGCGCGCGAAAGAUGGUGCGACUGAGAAGGUCAACCAUCGACCGUUCUCCGAACAUGGAUCGUGGCUCAAGGCCGCACAGGUGAUCGACCGCGAAGAUGGACCUGCUCAAGUGAUUUUUGAAGAUGCAGAUGAGGCCGGUUCAGAAGAACGUGACCAUGUGAAACCAGCGAUGCCAACGGCCGUUGAAUGCUAUCACAGCCGACCUGACCUGAGUCGGAUUGCCCAAGAAGGGCUUGCCAUCCUGGACACUGGUGCCAGCCGAAGUGUCAUUGGAGCCGAACUGUGGCCUGGAGUGUUGAAAAGUCUGCCUUCCGAAGUCAGGCACCAGGUGAAAGAGAGGGACGCAAUGCGGCUGAUCAAGACCACGGCCGAAGCAGUGAUGGAAUCACUUCGGAUGCUGCUCAUCAUCCUGAUGAACCAGAUCGAAGUGAAAGCCCCGGACCAAGAGAUCUCAGACCACCAUGCCAACUCACUGCAGUCCCUUCUGGAACAUGUGUGCAACCAGAAGGAAAAGAUCGAAGAACUCGCCGAGGCUCUCAAAGCAAUCAAGUCCCCUCGCAAGUCUCGGGGAAACGGUGGGCCAAAGCCGUCAGAGCCUGGAGACCUCUCGGAUUUCUCAUGGGAGCUGGAGGAAGAGGAACUGAUGGCGUCAAUGACAAUUCCCUCAAAGAGGACUGCCCCAAGGGUGAUGCCAACCAAUGUGACACACCGGAAUCAAGUUCCCCUGCCGGUUCCGGUGCAGACCAACGAGAACCAGCUGGCGUUGACGGCUCAGGCAGUGGAGAGUUGGGGGAACAAGAGAAUCUCGUGGGGAAAGACGCACAAUGGGAAGAGAUUCGCGGAGGUUUACGAGGAAAACAACAGCUAUGUCGACUGGAUCACAGCAAGGGCAAAGAAUGCGACACCGGCCAUGCAGGACUUCAUCACCUACUGCCGAGCUCGAGAAGACAUGGAAAGCCAGGAAUGCCUCCCAGUCCGCUCACUGGAUGAUGCCGACAAGUUGCUCGAGAGUUCUCCCAAACGCAUGAAGAAAACAACCGAUGAAAACACCAAGAAAAACAACCGCAAAAGACCCCUUGAACUCAAUGAACAACAGAAGAUUGAUGACCCUCAAUGGAAAGAGCUCAUGAAUAGGCUUGCAUAUGAAGUUUUUGACCUAGGAACUGAAGACCUUCAAGAGAUGUCCAAGAACCAACAGAGCCGCAAAGCUGAAAUAUCCGCUCACAUCAUGGUUUGCGUGUUUGGUAGACCAAGUGAAGCAAUAGAGUCGAAUGAUAGCCAAACUCAUGAGACAAAUGCCGAGGAGAACUCCAGCCGAGUUCCUAGUGCCGAACUGCAAGAGCCAUCUGCGAUGGUCCCAUCCAACGGGAAGAUGUUCGCAGACAGCAAAGCAUGGGAAGCUGAAGAUGAAAGUAUCAAGUCACCGAGUAGCUAUGCACCAGGAACGCCUUUUGGGGAAGACAACAAUAGUGGUAUUGGGGAUAAUGAUACCGGGGUGAACCUAAUGGGGAAUGAUAGUGUAGAAGAUAGCAAUGUCGUGUACAAUGCCUUCUUCACUGAAGCCAACGUUCCCGGACCUGCCAUCCGAAGUGACGAAGACACACUUUGGAGUGAAGCUGAAGAGGACAGGUCAACCAUCGACCGUUCUCCGAACAUGGAUCGUGGCUCAAGGCCGCACAGGUCGGCCAUCAGUGCUGACGCAGAGGUCACCAGCUUCUCAAGGAUGAGUGGGUUGAUCGCCAUCCUGAUGCCAACGAGCAUGUUCGUGAUUUGGUGGCACUGCCAGAAGAGGCUCAGAGCCCAAGGCUGCCGAAGUCGCGACAGCCGGCAGGUCGAAGGUCGAGAAGGGCCUGCCUUAUCCGGUGAAGACCGCUUGGAAAUAGUCGUGGAUGGAGCGCUAGAAGCCCAAGCCAAGGCGCCAGAGGACCUGCCGUCGCCAAGGGCGAUAGCCAUCUCCUGGCUUGAAGAUGAGGGUGUCAUCGGCUUGGAUAGGCCCACGUUGGACACUGGCCAGGCGGUUGCUGUCUCUUCAGCACCUGAGAGGCAGAAAAUGACCAGAAGUUCCCUGUCGGACCCUCUUGCAGCUGCACCCAAGGGGGUCGCGGUCGCUCUGCCGAGUCCCAAGAAGGUUAGGGGUAAGAAGGCUGCAAGGACGAGAUCGGUGACCUGGGAAAAGGAUGAGCCCGCACUGCUGGUCUCUCCAGACCCGGAAACCUCCGCGCAAAAGCUCAUGCACAAGAGGCGGCUCCAGCCCAAGGGCAAACAAGCUGACAAAAACUCCAAGACUGCAGCUGUGAUUCCCAAGCUGAGCGGUCAAGUGACCCAGACGGAUGCGCCUGCAGGCUUUUGGUCUGACAGCGAUACCGAUGAAAUCAAAGCUGUGACACGAGAGGAGGGAUAA